AUGAUGGGGUUGCCUGCCAUCUUCACGGCGGCCGUGUUGGUCGCGAUCAUCAUGGUGGAGUUGCCGUGCGCGGAGGCGAAGACGAUGAUCGAGCUGUGCUCGGGGUCGGACUCGUGCCUGGCGCUGCUGGGCUACACGCUCUACACCGACAUGAAGGUAUCCGAGGUGGUCGUGCUCUUCGCCAACGACCCCUCCGCGCUCGACUUUGCCGCCCCGGGCGCCGCGCACCGCAUCCUGCCCCUAGGCCUCUUCCUCCGCGUGCCCAUGCGCUGCGCCGGUGCUGACGGCGUCCGCAGGUCCGUCGCCGUCCUCUAUGUCGCGCACCCCGCCAACACGCUCGCCACCAUCACCGACAUCGUCUUCGCGGGGCUCGCCUCUGCCGACCAGAUCUGCGGCGCCAACGGCCUCACGAACGCUGACGCUGAUGCGCCGCUCGAGGCGACAUCGAGUAGGGAUCCUCAAACACCCCCUAUACGUCUGGGCGGGGCUCCUCAAAUACCCAAGGCUUUGCAACAUGUUACACUAAAGUGCCCCAGCGACAGUGGUGGGCGGUGGUCGUGGCACCUCGUCCGACUAGACAAGCACGGAGUUGCUUGCGAGUGA